CAGUCCACAGCGUCCACGGAGACAGGCUCGCAGUGGAGCCGUCGCGCGGCACGCGGUGCUCCGCCGGCCAGCCGCGGCAGUCGCCACUCUAGCAACCGGCCGUUAUCACGCGCGCGCUCGUGCCACGCUCUCAGCGCGAUGCAAAUUCACUCAAACUCAUCGAAUAAUAAUACUUAACCACUACAACACCAUAAACCCUAUACAAUAAUCGUCUGUAUAAUGGGAAGCGGAUGAGCGUAAAAUUCUCAAACUAGUGUUAAUCGGAUAGUGACCAGUGACUGUUUUGUAGUGAAAUUAUAAUUAUUUUGGAGAAACGCCUACACGCAAAUGGUAGCCGUCGACGUAAUAGUAGUUGACAGUGAGCAGUAGUGUGUGAUAGCCGGCACAGUGCACAGCAUAGCCCGCAGCUGAGCAUGGAGGCGGUGUGCGCACGCGGCGACACGGCGUGCGAGGUGCGCGCGCUGGCCGGCGCGCUGCACUCGCUCAACCUGUACUGCGCCUCCAUCAGCGCCGCGCUCAUGUGCUGCUGCGCGCCCAUACACAAGCACUACAGGCAUUCAAAGCGAUGGCGAGGACAGAAUGUUCGUGGGAUAGCAAGCCUUGUGCUAGGAGUAGCGUGGUGCUGCGAUGCCGCUGUGGCACUGCUGCGGCCCGCAGACACGGUGCGGCUGGUGGCAGCGCUGAUGGCACCCUGGUCGUGGCUCGCGGCCGCCGCUUUCCAUGUGGCCCUGUGGACCCGACGCUCAGCAGCCCCCAUCCUCUACCUCUCCAUAUACUGGAUGCUCGCUACGAUCUCCGCCGGGACCAUCCUGUGGCAGCACUUUGUCAAGGGGGCUGCCACUGAUCACGUGGAGUUAUACAUCCAAGGCGUGUCACUGUUGAUGACAUUCCUGAUAUCUACAGUUGACUGCAUCUGUUUUUAUGACGAGGUAACGAAACGCUUUAGAAAUGAUCUGAAAUCAAACCCCGCUAACAUCUGCUACAAACACAACGAUACACAUUUUUAUUCUAAGAUAUCAUUCUUUUGGUUAAAUUCUUUGUUGAAAAAAGGAUAUAAAUCACCAUUGGAACCAGACUAUCUUGGGGAACUACCAGAAGAUGAACGAUCCGUGAAAUAUUAUAAAGAAUUGGUAAAAAUAUAUAAAAACCUAGAGGAUUCAACUGGUAAAGACGACAAUCCAAGUCUACUGUCGUGCUACAUUCGCAAAGUAUGGCCAAAUUUUUAUAUUGCUGGAAUAUUAAAAUUAUUUGGCGAUUUGAUUGGCGUCGUGCCUCCCCUGGGACUGUCUGUCAUAAUACAAUAUAUUCAAGAUCCUAAAAUAUACGACUCCAGUGCAGCAGUGACUCUUGAAGAAUUCUUUAACAACGGAUAUGUUAUGCUGCUCAUAAUUACAAUGGCACUAAUUACCCAGGCAUUUUUAUCUCAGAACUCAACACAUUUAGUGACGGUUGAAGGCACAAGAUUGAAGACGGCUUUACAAAGCAUGGUGUACGAUAAAUGUAUGAGGCUGGCUCCGUGGUCAUCUCCUGAGACUCGUGAGGACGAGGAGACGCGACUACUGCAUGACACCGAAGAUGCCAACACCACGAAGACUGGUCUCAUCACGAAUCUAGUCUCACAGGACACAUAUAAUAUCAUGUCUUGUGUUUGGAUCUGUCAUUAUAUUUGGGCCAUACCUUUAAAGGUAGUCGUUAUAUUAUAUUUAUUGUACACAAAACUGGGUAUCAGUGCGAUUAUAGGCACCGCAGUGAGCGUGCUGGCGAUCACGCCGUUACAGUUUUAUAUCGGAAAGAAAUUAUCGGAUAACUCAAAGGAUAUCGCAAAAUGUACUGAUCACAGGUUGUCUAAAAUGGCGGAAAUUUUACACGGCAUGGAUGUCAUAAAACUUUACGUUUGGGAAGAUUUGUUCAAAGAGAAAAUAUUACAAUUGAGAGAACUUGAAUUAAAACUACUAAACAAGGACUCUGUUUACUGGAGUAUUUUAACUUUUACGACACAAAUAUCUUCGAUAAUAAUAACAGUAGUCACUUUCACGGUGUACUAUUUCAUUGACAGCAACAGUAAAUUAACGGCCACUAAUGUAUUCGCUGGAUUGGCAUUUUUUAAUCAGCUCACAGUCCCCCUCCUCAUACUGCCAGUUACAGUGCUAAUGGUGAUCCAAGCGAUGGUCAGUACGAAGCGAAUUACAGAUUUCUUGGAACUUCCUGAAUCAAACAAUGUUAGUGAAGCUAAUUGGGAGGAUCCGAAGAAUACAACGAAAGAGGAUCGAAAUAAAAAAAAUGACAAGAAUGAUAUUGACGACAAUUUUGCAAUGAAUAACGACGAACAAGAUGGUACAGAGUGUGUGGAUCAGUUCUCCGAUGAUGAAGUGUACACAUUGCCAGCUCCCAAAUCUGAAUCUUUGGUUAAGUUUAGAAACGCGGCCUUCUCGUGGGGCAAGGCAAGCGACAUGUUGCUGGAGGUAGAUGACCUAGAUAUUCCGGCAGGAAAACUGAUCAUGGUCGUUGGUACGACUGGGUCUGGAAAGUCUUCACUGCUGUCGGCUAUACUUGGAGAAAUGUAUCUGGACAGAGGAGACGUCGUAUAUAACAAAUGCUGCUCUAUGUGGUACGCAGGACAACCGCCGUGGCUGCAGGAGGGCUCCGUGCGCAGUAACAUCGUUAUGGACGGCUCGUGGUGCCAGAGAAAAUACGGGCGCGUUUUGCGGGCAACCGGUUUGAGACCCGACCUGCAGCUUUUACCAGAGGGUGACGCCACUCGGCUGGGAAGCCACGGGGCGCCCCUGUCGGGCGGGCAGCGCAUCCGCGUGUGCGUGGCGCGCGCGCUGUACUCGGACGCGCGCCUGCUGGCACUGGACGAGCCGCUGGCCGCGCUGGACGCGCCGCUCGCGCGACACCUGGUGGCGCGCGCGCUCGUGCCGGCUGCCAGGGCUGGCCGCACUGUCCUCGUCGCUACCAACAGACUUGAACUUCUACAUUACGCGGACUUGGUGAUAGCAAUGGAAGAAGGUCGCGUAUCGGGCGUGGGUCGCGGCGCGGCGUGCGAGGGCGCGCUGGCCCGCUGGGCGCGGCUGGCGGGCGAGGCGCGCGCGGCGGCGGCACGCGCCGGCGCCGGCCCGCCCGGCGGCACCGCCAGGGAGCGCUCCCGCCUCGUGCGCGCGCUCAGCAGGUCCUGGUACCAGCGCUGUAACUCUGACGAGACUACGGUGGGCAUCAGUGAGGCGGCAGGAGCUCACUUGCUGUCGGAGGUGCCGACGUGCGCAGGCGGCAGUUGGCGGCGGCGGGUCUCGUCCCACUCGCGCCCAGCGUUGUCCAGGCAGCUGUCCUCACCUCCACCGUCUAUGUACAACGCCAAGUGGCGACCAGAUGUACGUCGCGCAGUGAGCGCCGAUGAAUCUAACGCAACCCUACAAAGAGAGGCUAGUCUCCUGCGUCGGUGGUUGAAACCUCGGGGGUCGCGCACCUUAAACAGAUGGACACCAAAAACGUUACGACGUCUAAUAAGCUCAGAUUCUGAGACUGUUGUAGAAGAUAAUCAAAAUAACGAUGUGGUUGAAGACUCCACGAUUGAUACACCUUACAGUUCACUCACCUCUAAUGGUAUAGAGACCAAUAACACCAUCGUCGCUGACGAUGACGACCCGGACGACUCGGACAAACCUGAAGAUGUUAAUGAAAUGGCGAUAUGGUGGGAAUACGCUCGCGCGUGCAGAUGGUGGGGCGCCGUGUACUGGGCCGCCGCCGCAGCCGCACAGGCGCUCGCCUUGGCAGCAGACUACUGGCUCACCUACACCACGUCGCAGAAUACGGAAAAUGACUUCACCGACCAACAGACUUGGAGCGGCGUGCGCACGUACGCGCUGUGGUGCGGGUGCGGCGCGCUGGCGGCGGGCGCGGCGCAGGCGAGCGGCGCGGGCGCGGCGGCGCGGGCGCGGCGCGCGCUGCACGACCGGCUGCUGCACGCCACGCUGCGCGCGCCGCCGCACCAUCUGCGCGCAGCCCCGCUUGGGGACACGCUGCAUCGCUUCUCCGCUGACAUCUUGGUUAUUGAUAAGAAACUUCCAACAGCAAUUAGUCGCUGGGCGCAACUAGCACUGCUUUGUGCUGCGGCUAUCCUUGUGAACGCAAUUAUCGCGCCGUGGACUUUAUUGGCAUCGCUCCCCGCAUUGUUGUGCUACCUGACACUGCAAUCUAUUUAUUUAUGUAACGCCAGAGAGCUCCAGUGCGCCGAGGCUCACAGUGCAGCGGUGGUGGUAUCCCUGUGUGCGCAGGCGUGCGCCGGCGCGAGCACAAUCCGGGCCGGCCGCCUGCAGCCGCGCAUGCGCACCAACUACUUGCGCAGCCUCGACACUAACCAUAACACGCUGCUGUUGCUAAACGCAGCCAACCGCUGGCUUGGACUCACACUGGACCUGGUGGGCGCGGGCUGCGUGUGCGUGGUGCUGGGUGUGUGCCUGCGGGGCGGCGCGGGCGGCGCGGUGGCGGGGCUGGCGGGCGCCUACGCGCUGCUGCUGCCCGCCUACCUGGCGCACCUGGCCAAGUGCCGCGCCGACCUGCAUCUACAGCUGGCCGCGCUCGAGCGCGUGCACGCCGACACCUGCGCUCCCCAGGAAGACUACAGAGACGACUGUCCAAUACCAGCCGGAUGGCAGAGAAAUGGCAAAAUUGAAUUUCAGAACGUUAACAUUCAGCACGAACCCGGAUCGACAACGAUAUUAAAAAAUAUCAACCUCACUAUUUCUCCUGGUGAAAAGGUUGCCAUUUGCGGUCGAAGCGGUAGUGGUAAGUCGACACUGCUGUUGACUUGUGCCGGCGCGACCACGAUCAGUAGCGGCCGCGUGCUGGUGGACGGGCAGGACAUCCGGCGCGUGCCGCUGCGCGCGCUGAGACACCGCGUCGUGCUCGUGCCGCAGGAGCCCGCCAUGUUCUCCGGCACGCUGCGGGAGAACCUCGACCCUCUAGCCGUGCACACUGAUGAAGAGAUAUGGCACAGCCUGAGGGCAGUCGGACUGUUCGAUUUCGUCUCCAGUCAGCCCGCUGGAUUAGAGUGCAGCGUGUGCAGUAGGUCGGGCGGGGCGGGGUGGAGCGCGGGGCGCGCGGGGCGCGUGGCGGCGGCGCGCGCGGCGCUGCACGCGCGGCCGGCGGCGGCGCUGCUGCUGGACGAGCCGGCCGCCGCGCUCGACGCCGGCGCAGAGCGCGCGCUGCUCGCCGCACUCGCCGCCGUCGCGCCCCAUACCACCAUCAUCACUGUCGCGCACCGCAUAUCGUCAGUGCGCGGGUACGAGCGCGGCGUGGUCCUGGAGAGCGGGCACGUGGCGGAGCAGGGCGCGGUGUCGGCGCUGCUGUCGCAGCCCGCCUCCCGCCUGGCGCGCAUGCUGGCCGCCGCGCAGCGAGACACAUAGCACAGAAUCUCACUACUCAAACUAACCAUUUUUACGCUUUAAAUCCUAAACUUAGAGCACAUUACUAAGUGUCUCACACCUGGCUACAAAAUAGAAAACUCAAGAGUUUUUGUUUUAACAUUCGAAAAACAUUCUUCUAAUGUCUACAAAGUAGAUUAGUAAGUACCUACAUAUCUACUUCAUUUAGGUUUUACUUUUAUGAAAUUGCCUUUCUUUAUGCAAUAAUUUACGUACUUUUACUAGUUUACCACCAAACAAAUGACCACAUUUGUCAACAUUUUGUUUUGAUACAAAGAGAACGGCAAUUUUAUGAGUAAAGACCUUUGAUGUAAAGACGUAUCAAAAUACGUUAGCUUAUCCAGGUGCCCUACCUAAUGACUGAAUAAUAGUGUUGUAUUCAACUGCCCAGUAUUUUAGUUGUAAACAUAAAAUGCGUGUUGACUCAUAAAGACUGCAUAUAAGGAUUUUAUAAUGACUAUGAGUAACUAUCAUUCCUUUGUCUAAUGACAACAAGACGUAAGCACUCAAAAUAUAUUGUUAAUAACUUUUUAAGUAUCUAUAUCCUAAUAGUAAAACACGUUUUCAUUUUUUCAAACCAGUAUUCUGACUAACCAAGUAUUUGCAAAAAUGGUAUAUUCCCUUUGAAUCGUAUUUAUCGAUUUGUCAUCAUUUAUUUCGUGUACAUUUGUAAUGUAUAAGGACUAUGUAAAGCAUAUAUAGCAUACUGUAUUU